UAUGCUGUGCUUUCUUUAGUUAUAAUAAUAAUAAUCAUCUCUGUUGCCAAUGUAAUUUACAUUCCAAUUAAAGUCGUUUUCUACAUUUAUCCUCUCCCCUUGGGUAGCAGUGAGCUUUCACUGUCUGGUGCAUUCUGGGACGAAGGGCCUCGCUCAGGGCCCCAGGCGGCAGUCUGGGAGUUAAAGCCAGAAUCUGCAGGACACAAACACAUUGCUCUAACCACUAGGCCACCACUUUCCCCACAUACAAUAUUUCCUUAUGCUUAUUAUUCUUAGAUGUUACACAGUAUUUAAGAAUUAUGUUUUUAUUUCAUUCUUCGUACAUUUUGUAUUCCGUUUAUAUUCUUUCCCCGUGUUUCCCUCCAGACCCGCUUCAUUAAGUCCCUCCCUUCAGGUCUUCAGUCUUCAUUGGUCUCAGCUGUUCUUCAUCUCCUGUUUCUGCCUCACUUUCCUCCAAACUUCCCUCUAUAUUUAAACUCUCUGGUUUUCAUCCCUCAUCGCUGGUUUCUUACGUUGGCAUCAUGGUUCCCGUUGCUCUGCCAGGUUUUUUGCUGUCAUUCCGGCUCAUGUUUUGUUUUCUUGCCCUGUUCCUGAUGGCUUUAAGGUUUUAUCUAAUUAGUUAUUGAAAACCUACCUUCUCCAGUUUGUCUGCAUUUAGGCUGUUCCUCAACCAAACCAUGACAUAGACAAUGAUGUUUUCCUGUUUCAGCGUUAUUUUCCAAUAAGAAGCCUGCAUGGGAGUCUGUUGAUUAAUCAUGUGUAAAAUCUACAUCACUGAAAAUGAGCUUUCUAGCAUCACUUUUCAUGGUGAUGAAUAAACGUAGGAACAGAAUCAGAUUCAAGAUGCUGAAAACCAUUAAAAAAUCCUACUGGUUAGUUGUUGCUGGUUUUUCGUCCUUAGAACAUUUAUUGUCAGCUUAAAGCUGCUUUUAUUCAAAUAUGUUUGUUUGAACUAAUAUUAUACUGUUUAGGAGUUAAGUCACGUGAUUAUCUGCCAAUGCAAAUAGCUACAGUAAGCCACAGUGACGCCCUCAGGCCACAGUAAAUGAAUUAGGCUGCAGCUGACUGGAAACAGGAAGUGUGUUCACCUCCUGUUAAACGAGGAACUGAGAGAUAAAAGAAAAGAAGCAGCAGUCUCAACAUGACCGUCAUCACUUUCUUCUGCUCCAUCCUCCUCCUCUCUCUGCAGAUCUCUAGCAGCAGAACCAAAGACGCUGUGACACACUAUGGAGUCCCUGGAAGAACCAUCAAGGUUAGAUGUUCCUUUUCUUCAUCUGGAGAACGAAUGAUCUUCUGCAAGCAGAACUGUGAGGAAAAAGGAGACAUUCUCAUUGAAACAAGGAAAACAACAGAUAGAAAAGGCCGAUACAGUAUCACAUCUGUUAAAGGACAAAAUGAACCUUAUUUUAAUGUAAGCAUCUCAAGCCUGACCCAGUCUGACUCAGGACGGUACCGAUGUGGUUUGAGCAUAUCUUCAUCAAAAUUUUCAUACAAGGACUUUAUACUUGUUGUUGCUGAAGCUCUGCUGGAUGGAAACAAAGAUCAUGACUUCUCUAAAGAAGCUGGCAGCUCGCUCACAGUCGCCUGUUCCUUUGAUUCCUCUGGAAGAAUAGGGAGGUUCUGCAAAGAAGAAUGUGAGAAAGACGAAAAUGUUCUUGUUGAGUCAAGUGGUGACAGAGUUGAAACAGACAGAUACAUUUUAGAAUAUAGAAAAGAACGAGAAGCAGUUCUGUUGGUGACCAUCAAACAGCUGACCCAGUCUGACUCAGGACCGUACCAAUGUCAACUGGACAUAGCACUUCGGCCAGAUUCAUACAGAGACUUUACUGUCUCUGUUACAGAUGUCGACCAAUCAACAUCAACAACGACAACAAGCAGGAGUUUCAGCUCAAGUUUCACACAUGGUUUUCCAGCAACAACCAGGCAGAGUUUCAGCUCCAGUUCAGCAGGUUUCACUCCUUCACGUUCCUCUGAAACCACCAAGCAUCUGGGACUGGAGGAAAAAUCAUCCUCAGAUGUUCUGCUGAUUGUGGGUGUGACUCUGGCCUUCAUCAUCAUCGUGUUAGCUGUGGCUCUGCUGGUUUUCUGCAGAAAAAGAUCAGAGAGACGUCGUAAAGAUCCUUCUGUGAAAUCAGAGAACACUCCUGCAACCACGACUGAAGUCAGAGACAAUGAGAAUACAUCUGCUGCUGUGCAAAUCUCCCCUAUUCACAGUUACGCCUCAUACUGCACAACAGCAGGAGCUGAAGGCAACGACAUCUACAGCUUGGUGACCGCAGUUCCUCCUCAGAACAGCGCUGAAGAUGAUUUGGGUAAACCAACCUACGCCCAGUUGAGUUUCCCCAACAGAAGCUCGGACUCUCCGCCCAGACCUUCAGGCCCUACCGAUGUGGUUUACUCGCUGCCUGUGGUGGCUGGUGGCCGCCGUGCUGGAGAAGAGUCUCUCUACUCUAAUACAACUUAGCUCCAGCACCACAGAGAGAAGAUGGCUUUAUUCACCGUUAAAUUGCUGCUAGAAGCAGUUAACCUCUCUGGAGGAUCAGAAGCUGCUUCAGCAACAUGACCAUAAAUGUUCAGCUCUUCUAUUUUUAUUUCUGCUUGUGCAUUCAUUCAGAUUAUAGUUUUUAGUUGAUAUUGAGUUUAAAAUGUAACUGUUGAUGUUGAAUUUCUUUCUGUUUCUUUGGUUCCUGCCUGGUGGUCAGAUAAACCCAUCACUGCUCUGGGAUGGAAAUUAACAUCAUAUUAAAUGUUAAUAUGAAAACGUUCUGUCUGGGUCAGAAUCUUAAUGCGUCACAGAAUCGAUUUCUAUCCUGUGAGUGCAGAAACAAAAGCUUUUAGUGUCAUUUUGAAUUCAUAACGAUAAUUUAGACACUCCUUGCUUUAAAGGGCAUCUGAUACACAGAGAAUAUUUAAAAACACUUGUAAAAUAUUAUAUACCCAAAGAAGUACAGAGAACGUGAUGUUUAAAUAAAG